ACCCACCAUAAACCUUCGCCUCUAACCUAAUGGCCGACACGGAGAAGCACCAGCACCAUCAUACCACUCCCAAGCUCGACACUGAGGAGAAGGAGGCCCUCGGCAUCGCCACCAUCGACUCUGACGAUGUCGAGCAUCUCGAUGCCCACAACGCCUACUCCCAGGUCAGCGCCGUGGUUUCGACGACGGACGACCCCUCGAUCCCGUGCUUCACCAUCCGCGCCCUGUUUCUGGCUAUCUUCUUCUGUAUCUUCACCUCGGCCGUCAACGUCGUCCUGAGCUUCCGCACCAACGCCUUUUCCAUCCCCGCCUAUGUCCCUGUGAUCAUCUCUUAUCCCCUGGGCAACCUGUUUGCCAAGAUUCUGCCCGAUGUCCGCUUCAAGCUCUUUGGCGUCGAGAACUCGCUCAACCCCGGCCCCUUCUCCGUCAAGGAGCACGUCCUGAUCUACAUCAUGUCCAACGCCGGUACUCCCUACGGCAUCGACAAUGUCAUUGGUCAGAUCGCCCCCCAGUUCAUGGGCGACACCAACAUCCAGAUCUGGCAGUCGAUGCUCUGGAUUCUCGCCACCCAGUGCAUUGGUCUCGGUCUUGCCGGCAUUGCCCGUGAGUUCCUCGUCAAGCCUGCCGCCAUGUACUGGCCCGGCAACAUGGGCACCCUUGCGCUGUUUUCCUCCUUCCACGACGCCAACGUCCUCGCCCAGGACUCGGCCUCCAAGUACAAGAUGUCUCGCUUCAAGUUCUUCUGGGUGUGGACGGGUCUCUAUGCCGCCUGGGCCUUUGUCCCCGGCUUCAUUGCGCCUGCCCUCCAGAGCAUUGCCGUCCUCUGCUUCUUUGGUGCCGGAAAGGACAGCCUGGUCAAUAUCUUUGGCUCGGCCACCCGCGGUGUCGGCAUCGGUGCCUUGACCCUCGACUGGUCCCAGUUCAACGGCUUUAUCGCUCCUCUCACGACUCCGUACUGGGCUACCCUCGUCAACAUGAUCGGCUACAUCAUCUGGGCCUGGAUCGCAGUUCCGAUUGCCUAUACCGGCGACCUGUGGGACUCGAAGCGAAUCAACUGCAAGAAACCCGGUCCCAACGGCUGCGGCUUCCUCAAUGGCAACGGCCUCUUCAACGGCUCCAACCUCGCCCAGCGCCUCAACGGCCACAUCCUCCUCGAUCCAGUCACCUUUGAUCUGGACCUGGCUGCCUACAACAGCGCCUACCCCAUUCACAUCAACACCACCUUCAUCUUUGUCUACGGCGCAUCCUUUGCCACCAUUGCCUCGGCCAUCACCCACGUCGCUCUCUGGUACGGCAAGGACAUUGUCCAGCAGGCCCGCGUCGCCAUGAAGCAGCUCAAGGAGGACACCGAUCACCAGGAUAUCCACAACAAGCUCAUGGCCGCCUACCCCGAAGUCAGCAACUGGGUCUACCUCACCAUCUUCGCGCUCUCGACCAUCCUGAUGUUCUUUGUUGGCGCCUUUACCCCCUACAAGCUCCAGUGGUGGGGCAUCAUCUUUGCCGUCGCCCUUGGAGUCAUCUUUGUGAUUCCCCUGACGGUCAUCACCGCCAUCUCGGGCCAGUACAUUGGCCUCAACGUCCUGACCGAGUUCUUGAUUGGCUUGAUCAUCCCCGGCCAGACGGUCGCCGUCAUGUCCUUCAAGUCUCUCGGCUACAACGUCAUGAUCCAGGCCCAGCUGCUCCUCAACGAUCUCAAGAUCGGCCACUACAUGAAGGUGCCUCCCCGUGCCAUGGUUGCGGGCCAGGUCAUUGGCGCCAUCCUCUCGGCCUUCAUUUGCGUCCCCAUCGCCACGGCCUUCACGCUCUCGCCCCUCUUUGGCCACGGCGACUGGCAGGCCACCGGCCAUGGUGUCUUCUACUCUGCCGGUACGAUUUGGGGAGCCAUCGCUCCUGCCCGCUUCUUCGGCAACGGCGCUCUCUACCACGACAUGCUCUAUGCCUUCCCCGUCGGCUUCCUCCUCCCCGUCCUCCCCUGGCUCGGCAACAAGAUCUACAAGCAUCCUUACUGGCACCUGGUCAACAUCCCCAUCAUGGCCAACUGGGUCGGUCCCCAGUACGGCAACAUGAACGGCGUCAUUACCGUCCUUGCCCUUGGCACCUUCUUCCAGUUCUAUCUGUUCCGCUACAAGAACGAGUGGUGGCGCAAGUACAACUUUGUGCUCUCUGCCUCGCUCGACUCUGGAGCUGCCAUCACCACUGUUCUGAUCGGCAUCCUGCAGCUCCUCUUCCUCAAGACGGACGAGGACGGAAACGGUGUUGGCGGCUUCCUGAUGCCCAACUGGCUCCUUAACCCUGGCACUUACCAGGACUUUUACUGCCUCGGCACCGACUAUAUGGGCAACCCGCUCUAAACUCGGCCAAAAGAACGUCAUGUGUCUAUGGUAGCUCUAUGAAACUGAUUAUGCUAUGUAUCGCUUUGGCGUUGGACCGCCCCUUCGCCCAACCAAAAUAUACAACGUCCGCGAAAUGUGCCCGGACUAUGUGCUUCUGUCGAUCCAUUUUGAACGAGGGGGUACAUAUCUACAAUUCACAACGG